AUGAAUGUGAAGGUCGAGUCAAGUGUGCAGUCACUUGUAGCUGACGCGUUGGCAGAGUUGGGUGAUGUAUGGCAGAUGAUUGGACUAUCGGAGCAAGAGCAACUGCAGGAACAGCAACAGUUGAUUACGAGUGUGGAAACCUGCUGUCGAGUGAAAGUGGAGACGUGGCGGAACGAAGUCACGAUGACGAAAGAGCGAGUGACGGAGCUUGAGAAAGAGGUGCAGAAGAUCAACGUGCAGCUUCAGGGCAAUGAUUCCAUAGGCUGGUGUAUGCAGCCGCUGGAACAUCUCAGCAGCGGCACACUGCGUGACCGACUGUCAGCACUUGAAAUGGAGCACAAGCUUCUGGAUCGGGUUCGCACCAGUCGACAGGCUGGAGUUGAAAAGUUGCAAGCCCAACUAGGUCGAAUGGACAAGAAGCUAGGCACGACAUCCGAGCUGCCUUCUGGCAUGGCCAUCUUGAGCGAAGAAUACAAGGAAGCUCUACACGAUAUGCUCAAGUGCAAGGCACAAGAAGUGCACUCACGGAGAGCUGCCCUUCUAAAAAUUGUCAGCGAGUGUGCGGAGCUCGCUCAAGAGCUUCAAAUCGAAACGGAUCACAUUCUUGCGCCCGAUCUUACUGCACAGUUGAAGAAGCGAGACUUGUCCUCCAAUCUGCUCGAGAAGAUCUCACUCAGAACUAUCGAGCUGCGAGAGGUAAAGAAAAAGCGGAAGUUGCGUCUGGCAGAGAUGCUUGAACAGAUAAGCGAUCUCUGGCGGAAGUUAAAGAUUUCCGACGACGAGCAGAAACGUUUUCACAUGACGAUCCAUGGAAUUGGCGAAGCUGCACUUGCAUCGUGUGAAGCGGAGUUGACAAGACUGAAGCGUCACCACAAACGACAUGCUGCUACUGUGGUCCAAGUCGCAACUUUGCGCAACGCCAUUACUGAAUACUGGAACCUUCUGGGCUACACUUCUGACCAGCGUGAUUAUUUUACUGCCAUGAUGACAACUCCAGACUUGGCGCUGUCGUACAGGGUCUUCCGUGCUCAUGAGAAAGAAGGCGAAAGGCUGAGAAAACAGUUGUCUACGAAGAAGAUCCUCUGUCAGUACAUCGUCAAACGCGAGGAAAUUCUACAAGCUCGUGCGGAGCAUGGUGUUCCCGACGAGCAAACGCGGCUACGAAUUGAGCGUGAUCUGCCAAAAUACACUGACAUCUUAGCAACUCGAAUUGCAAAGUGGCAGAACGAUACUGGUGUAGUCUUUCGCUGGAACGGCGAGUCGUACCUGGAGCAAAUGUGGACGGAGGACAACAAGACAGGUAAACAGGCUCACAACAUCAAACGGGAUCAGCCGCAAAAAAGGAUAGUGCAGCAGGCACAAACAAACUUAGCCGGCUCCGAUGGUCCUACCGAUCGAAGGCGUCAUGUUCAGCAAAGUAAUCGCCACUCAGUUGAAGAGCGUACUACUUCGCGUAGCUCUGUCGUGAAGGAGCAGUUGCAGCAUCGCCGCUCUGACACACAAGUUUCGAAUCGCCCCCGAUGGCGAAAGUUUAUUCGCAACACGUUUUCAAGACACGACGGCUCAUAG